CACAGACCAACAACACCGCUGAACAGCAACAGGCCUGCUCCAGCACCAGAGAAUGCGGGGCGGCGACCCCAUCCCCGAGCCCGAAGAGGCAGAGUACGCCGGCGCCGUGUGCUUCGCGCCCGCGGGGUGGUUCGAGGGGGUGGGCGCCGCGCGCAACACCCAGCCGGCACCGGCGGCCGUAGCCCCAGCACAACAUGGCGCAGCGAUGAAGAAGGCUCUGCUCCUCUCCACGAGCCAAGACGACAUCGCGCGCAUCGAAGCGCUCCUGCAGACGCGAGGCUACGCUCCAGGCGACAUCAUCUCCCUCGUCCCCAGCGCCGUCGACGCCGGACUGCGCCUAUCCCAGCAGAACGCGGCGGGGUGGAUCGACUGGCUCGCUGAGGGAGAGGGCAACACGCUGUUCGUCUACGCCGGCGCUGGGGCUGGCGUUGACGCCGAGCUCGGUGACGAGCCCGCCGUCUCGCUCACGUCGGCCCACACCGACGUGCUCGUCCUCGCUCCGCCCCAUGACGCACCGACAAUACCAGGCGCCAUGGGCCAGGCGCUUGCUGCCGUGCUAGGUCGCUAUGGCGCAGUGUGCUACCGCACCCUUCUGCGUGAGCUGGCGCGCGAGAUGGGCGCCGAAGUACAGCUCGCGUCCUCGCAGCCACUCGACCUCGAUGCACUCUUCAUCGCAUAG